GUCAGUGUUGUCAGUCCCCACAUGGAGCAUGUUUUAAAGGCUGCUAAGAUCCUGCCUGCAUGACAAUUGGACCAAGACACAGAUGUGAGCACAUCUUCUCUCAAGACACAAAGAAAAGAAACAUACGCCUGUUCAACAUGCUGAACUCUGAUGAGUCACACCGUUGUAGCCUGUCCUGCCUCGGCCCUCUGACCUUCCACCGUCACGCUGUGGGAAACAAAGUCAUCCUGAGUGAGGGGUGUCGACUGGCAGAGAGGAAGGGGACCUCGUUCAAUGACGGCCUGGUGUUCAGCAGCCGCGAAGUGAAGAUCCAGGAGAGGAUUCGUCUGCGGGUGGAGAAAGUUUUGUCGAACUGGCACGGAGCUCUGCGUGUGGGCUUCACUAACGUGGCGCCUUCAGCCAGAUGUCUGCCUCUGGCCCCCAUGGCCAUCCCAAACCUCACUGACAUACCUAGCCACUGGGCUGCUCCCGUACCUGAAUCUAUCUGCCAAGCAGGUUCAGAGCUGGAGUUCUGGGUUUCUCAUGGAGGCACCAUGACCAUGUGUGUUGGCAAUGACGCUUUUCAGCACAAGCUACUCAGAGGAGUGGAUAUCAGCCAGCCACUGUGGGCCAUGAUAGACAUCUACGGACAGACGCGCUCCAUUUACCUUCUGGGCUCUAAGAAAAGAGAGGCAUUUCACAUGAGGCGGUCGUGUCCAGCACCUAAACGCCUCACUUCACCUGAUAUUGAGCACCAAUCCAGUUUGACUCUGGAUGGAAACUAUGAUGGAUGCAUGUCCUGUCUUGACAUGGACGUCCCAACAGAUAUAAAUGAAGACACGGAAAUGGGCUGUGUGGUGUGCAUGGAAAGGACGGUCAGAGUCACUCUGCCUUGCGGCCACCAGUGUCUCUGCAGAUCCUGCGCCUCCAGGGUCAUCCAUGAUUUUGGCGUCUGUCCUCUGUGUCGACAGGAGAUCAGACAUCCGUGAGUGGAGGGGAGGUGUGUCUCUGUGGGGGCUCCUCGCUGCUGUGUGACUCCAGAAAACCAGAAAACACUCUAGUAUAUGUAAAUGUUGUACAGCACGUGUAAGAUAUGAAAGACUGAGUUCUGAUGUGAACUUUAUAUUCUAUUUGUUGCCUCUUUGACAUUGUAAAUGUUGUUGAAUGUAUUUUUGUGAAAUGAUUUUUGUUCUGUGUGAAUGUUUUUAAAUUGUCUGAUUGAGAAAAUAUGGCUGUAGAAAUAAAUUUUAUUAUAUAUACCUUGA